UUUUUAGCUGAUGUACCGUUAAACUGAAGGUGGUAAUAAAGUGUACAAUAUUUGCUCUGGCUGAAUUUUUUAAUGAAAAAACAAUAUGUGUGCCAUGAAUGUAAUCUGUUUUUCAUGGCGGAUCAAUGAAAGUUUGGUGUAUUGGCCAAACCACUUACAAGCAUCUUGCCUUUAGGCUGCCAUACGUAAAGUCAUGUUUUUAAAAGUAACUGAAAGCAGCUGAAAAUAAGAAUUUUUUGAUGAACUUUCUUACUUCAGUUAGAGGAGAUGAGAAACAACUUACAGCGGCAAUCUCAAUUCAGCUAAUGGCCAAAGAAGUAUGUUUUUCAUACUCAGUGUAUGAAAGAAAACAAAAACGUCCUGCAAGUUCGUUAUAGAGUUGCGUUUAGUCAUUUAUCGUUGUAUUCGUUCAUUUCGAAAUCGCUACUGACAAAAGUAUUAAAGAAAAAAUUGUCAGCAUUCUGGCGACGGCCAAUAAUAGAGAAAAAUAGAACCGUAACUGAGCAACGCCCAAUAUUGAACAAUGAAAAGUCGAUGCCCACUAUCUCAUAAAUCUACUAACAAGAGCGUAAAUUUACAAAUGUCAAGUUCUUUUUUAACUCCACUUUCUGGAGAGUUGAGCAACGCAGCUUUAAACAAUAAUGACAUUGAAGGUUGGCAUAAAAAAGUUACAGAAAAUCAACGGAAUGAUCUUUCAGAUAAACUAGAAUCAUCAAUUAAAAUCACAUUAAAAACUGAUUUUCUAAAAGAUACUUACAUUAAAAUGCUAAAAGUAUUUAUAAAUGAAGCAGAAGUUGCAGCAUAUAUUAAUGCAAGAAGCAAGGUUGAAUAUAUUCAGCUUUUAGAAGGAAAAAUUUUGGAAAUACAGAUAAAACUCAAAGACCACAUGCAAAAAAACUAUGAAGUACAAAUAGACCCUAUAGAAAUAUGUAUAGAAAAAAUGCUUGAAACAGAUGAGUUAGAUGAGGUAGAUAAUGAAAGUGUACAUAAAAACGAGGAAGAGCUUACAAAAAUACACAUUCAAAAUAUUCAUAUAAAAAAGAAAUACCUAUUAAAAAAACAUUCAAAAUUCAAAAAAUUGACGAAGAACUUGAGGAAAUAAUGCUUAAACCACAAGAAACAUAUAAAAUAUUUUAUAAUUAGGUAAUCAUAACGAUUGAAGCUAAAAAGAUAUUUAAAGAAUGUUUUAGUGAAUCUCAAAUGUUUACUACGAAUGAUCAAUCGAUGAACAGCUUUAGGCUUUCAGAAAAGACACAUAAGUUACUUCUUAGAAAACUUAAUUUAGAAAAUUAGUUUUUUGGAGUGGCGUUUGGUCUUCCAUAGAUUUUUUCUGCAUUGAUGCCAUCUAUUGUUGGAUCUUUUUGGCUAAAAAUACAUUAUAAAAUUUGAUAAUAAUAUAAAGUACUUCAUUAUUUAGCAUAAUUUAUUUUAGAUGACUUUUACUUGUACAGAUUAUAUAAGGCGAAUUAUAAAACAUGUUUGUAAAGUUUAUAUAUAAAUGUAUUAGAUCAUAAUAUACUUGA